AUGAAGCAACCAACACACAUCAUUGAUCCCAGCGGAGAAGUCACUAUCAGACUCCUCAACCCUAAUGCCCCCUUCGCCGUCUCUGAUAACGAGGACUACAACGAAGACGAAAAUAUACCUCCAUGGCUCAGCUCGGAUCAGUGGAGUCCGUUGAGCAAUGAAGAGGCGGUCAACGCUCUGCUUGAUCUCAGCUUUCUUCAGGACGAAACCUCAUCUGCAGCCUCGAGCCCUAAUUCUAGAUCCCCCUCAUCCUACAAGAUGCGCACCGUGAGUCUCCGACAUACAAGGCGGGCCAAUGGGGAGUAUAAGUCCCAGAAUCAUGAAGCUAAUAACAAGAAAGACAGCCACGAGAUCACCUACCAAGUCUCAGCCAGCCACCUCAUCCUCGCCUCACCCGUGCUCCGAAAAGCCCUAACAGACGGCCGGAAAGAUGCCAGCGCCCUGUCAUCAUAUAAUACCACGUCAAUCACCGUGUACAACUGGGGCCCGGACUCCCUGCUCCUAUUCCUUAACAUCAUCCACGGCAGACACCGCUGUCUCCCAUGGCAGGUGGGCCUGGAGAUGCUGGCAAAAGUCACCGUCAUAGCGGACUGUUACCAGUGCAUCGGGGCGGUUCAGUUCAUGGCGCUCUCGUGGUACGCUUUUCUCAAGCCGCAGUGUCUGAUGAUAGACAAACCACGGGCCAUCGUGCUGUGGCUGUGGGUUACCUGGGUUCUGCGUCUUCCAGAACAAUUUCGAGAAGCAGCUGCGGUAGCGAUGCGCCAGUUGGCAGAGCGGAUAGAUCCUCUGGGCUUGCCGAUUCCCAAACGGAUCAUUGAUGCAAUCAAUUUCCAGGAAGGCUUUGCUGGUUCGGUUACUGUAGAGAAUCGGCAGUUGUUCUGGUGGCUGUACAAUGGGGGGAGGGAGGACGACGUGAUAUCACUUCUUGGCUGUAGAUCAUGA